UUUCUCUUUCUGGCUACAUACGUUCACAGACAAGAAGGGAAGAGAUGGCAGUGGCUGACGUGCACCUCUACACAAAGGUCUUGAGCAAGUACAAAAACAGAAGUACCCAGUCCCUACUGGAGCCUCUCAUGGCCACAGGGUUCCCUGUACAUACAGCGCUAAAAGCAUUGGCAGCUACCGGACAAAAGUCAGUAGAAGAUGCGACAAAAUGGUUGCAUUCCCACUGCAAUGAUCCUUCUUUGGAAGAUCCAAUACCUCAGGAAUAUGCCCUCUAUCUGUGCCCAACAGGCCCCUUGAACAAUGUGCUGAUGGACUUUUGGAGAGAAAGCAAACUUCAGUGUGGGAAAAACAAAGCCCACAACAUUUUCCCACACAUCACACUUUCUGAAUUCUUUACGUGUGAAGACCAAAAAGUUGAAGGUCUAUAUGAAGCCUUAAAGAGAGCAGGGGACCGGUUUUCCAGCUGCUUCCCAGCCAUCAUCUCUCUGUCACUACAUUCCUCCAGCACGUACAUUGGCUUAUUUGUGAGUGAUGGCCCUGCAAACAUCAUCAAAUCAUUUGCUGCAGCUUUUGCAACAGAGGCUAUGGUCUUAGCAGAUUGUCACAUAAAACCCUCAACAAAACAACUCCACCUUACACUGGCGAACAAAUUCUCCCCUCACCACCAAAGGACUCUGGAACAACUAGCCAAAUCAAUCAAUGCAAAGCAAAGCUGCCAGUGGAUGGCAGCUCUGUAUUCCAGGGAUAUGCGCUUUGUGCACUACCCGGUUUUGAGGGCCUUGUUCCAGUAUAAGCCUCAGAAUAUUGAUGAGCUGAUGCUGAAUCCUGGGGAUCUGCUAUACCUCGAUCGGGCAGAACCGGCAGACAUUUGCAAUGGAUGGGUGAUUGGAAUCUCCCAUCGAACUGGGUGUCGAGGGUUUCUUCCAGAGAAUUACACAGAAAAAGCCAAUGAAUCAGAUACUUGGGUCAAACACAGAGAAUAUAUUUUCACUCUAGGUUCAGGACAACCUUCCAAGAAUCAACCUGAACUUGGCAUGCAACUGCGAAACCCAAAUCCAUUGCCUAGAAAUGUAGCCAAAACACCUGCUCUCCAGCUUUCUUGGAGAACAGCACCAAGAGGCCUUUUGGUGAUACAUCAUGGGGAAAGUGUAGAUCAAGUAUUUGGGAAGUCUUGGCUUCAGCAGUGUUUUGGUGCGGAUGGAAAAUAUUAUCGAGCAGAUCUAAAUUUCCCCUCCAGUCUACCAAAUCGAAAAAACGGCAUCAAGGACUUUGAAUGUGAUCCUCCUAUAUCAUCCUGUGGUAUCUUCCAAGCUAGGCUGAUUGGAGAAGCCUUGCUAGAACAGCAAGUGAUGGUUAGCUGUGUUUACUCUUCUCCGGCAUUGCGCUGUAUCCAAACUGCACAGCAUAUAUUGGAAGGGCUUCAGCUAGAGCAAAAAGCUAAGGUCUGUAUUGAACCAGGGCUCUUUGAAUGGACUAAAUGGGAGACAAGCACUGCGAUUCCUCCUUUUAUGACACGAAGAGAAUUGUCUGACAUCAGUUACAGUGUGGAUACCACCUACAAAUGCAGUUUUCCUCUUUCUUCUUUGAUGCCAUCUGAAAGUUUUGAGGACUAUGUUAAUAGAUGCUCUGAGACGAUAAAACACAUCAUUGGCUCUUGUGCAACUAAAGGCACCAUCCUGAUGGUUGGCCAUGGCUCAUCUCUGGAUUCCUUCACUCGGCCAUUGUUGGGUCUCCCUGCUAGAGAUGGCAAUGACUUUGCCCAACUUGUUCGAAAGAUACCUUCACUGGGCAUGUGUUUCUGUGAAGAACUUGAAGAGGAGAAAAAAUGGCAAAUGAUUAAUCCACCAAUCAAAAUGUUAACCCAUGGAGCAAAUGCGGCAUUUAAUUGGAAACAAAUCCUUCUGGACAGCUAACCAGUAAUCAUAGACUAAUUGUGGAUUUAUAUUGUUCUCAUUCAACAAAAUAUUAGGCUAAACUCAACACCUGACCUGCAAUUGGUUUCUGGACUAUAGCCAAAUAAUGGAAUUCAAGAACUGUCCAUGACAUAUAUAUAUAUAUAGAGAGAGAAGAGAACUUCUUUCCAUGAAAUGUUUAAAGUUGUUGUUUUAAUCUUCCAGGGCAAAGAAAGAAAUAUAGCCAAGUAGUAUAAUUUGUACCUUUCACUUUUAAUUGCCCAUACCAGCUUCCACUGAGUAACUGUAAUAGUAAAACAAGAUACAGACAUUAUUAAAUGAUCUGUGAUGCAUUCCAAGAAAUAACAACAAAUUCACUGUAUUCCGGUUGCAAAAAUGGUGUGUUGUGGUAAGAUUAAGCUCACAUUUUAGCUCUGUAUCUGCUGGAGAUUUCCCAUAAUGGCAUUCAAAUGAUUAAACUACAUGGAACAGUUACUUU